AUGUCGUCAACUCCAGCUAGACCUAGCAUGCCAUCUCUUGACACCCCCCCCCCUACCACCGAUGUGGAACCAGCUGGUGACUUUUUAAUCAGACUGGCUUCCAUAACCGAAGAAGCCUUCAUCAGGUUUCCUGAUGCCACGACAAAAAUUGUCAGCGACCUCAAUAUUCUGAGGCCGCUUCUCAAUCCCGCACACCCUGCCACGGAGGACGAAAACGACUCUGAUGGCUAUGAGGACUUCCCUCCUCUCCCAACAAUUAAGGAGGUCGACUCCACAGCCACCACACCAGCCACUUCGCCAGCCUCUAGACCACGGACCCGCUCCAGGUCUAAGAGGCCUAAAAAACCAACAAAAUCCGCCACCAAAUCCAAAAGGAAAACUCCAAAUGUAGCCAAAGCUACCUCUUCCCCUUCAUCCAAGCCACCCACUCCAGCCACCAAUCCAGCUACUGCUGCCGCAAAAACCAAAGGGGUUACUGUCGCUCCCACCAUCGAGGUGCCUUCCACCUCAAAACCUAAUCCUAAACCAGCCAAAGCCAUCGAGACACCUAGUGCCUCAAAACCAGCCGCCACCAGUACUGAGAGUCAAGUGAAACCUCCGCAAAGGUUCACUUAUAGAGUACUCAAUAUCCCUGGAGCUUACGACACCCAACGUAAGUUUUACCAAUUGGUCAACACCCAAGAACUAUUCAAGGGUGUAAUAGUGAAUCUUAAGUUCGUGCCGAAAGAUCAAUUGGCAUAUCUGGAAGCAUCCAAGACAUUGAAUGUUAAAGAUACGUCAAGAGCGCUCCAGGACAGAACUGGUGACCCCGCUAUUGUCAUCGAGCCUAUAAACUCACGACAACGAUCCGCCAAGAAGUCGCAACCAGACACUAAAUCCCCUUACCACCUCGUCAUCUGUGACGUUGACACCACCAUCACCACCGAGGAACUCGGGCUAAGCCUUGUUGAGAUCGACUUUCCGUUCAACUCUAUUCAUAGAAUAGUCUCCAAACGAUUCAACAAGCCCACCAGAAUGGUCCGAAUGUUCCUCGACGCUGAGGAGUACUACACGGACGCCUUGAUCAACGGCAUCUGUAUAGAUGGCUUGAUCAGGCCAUGUGAGGCUCCUCACAAACUCAAUAUAAUAAAACCCACCGCCAAAUACUGCAGCAGAUGCUGCCAAAGCGGCCAUGAAAUAUCCGAGUGUCGGACGCGACAGACAACUUGCCCUAAUUGCGGUAGCGGCGAGCACAAAAGCGCCGACUGCCCCAACCUAAAAAACCCUAAGUGCCCAAACUGCAAGGGAACACACCCAGCAUGGUCACCUAGAUGCCCCAAAAGGCAGGAGACACCUUCCUCACAUCAAGAGGCAAAACCUCUUACCACUGAGAGAAUAAUUCCUCCUGCAACUCUCACAGCAGACGUUAGGUUGUGGAUCCAAUUCACAACCACGCUGUUGAUGAACAUCCUACCGGAUAGGAGAGAGACCAUUGCAAGGUACUCAUCCGACCUGUCGGGUAAGAUGUUUGGGCACUCCAUAGUGCCCACCGCCAGAAACAAUAAGGUCGAAAUGACCUUCGUCCCCAUCCAAUAA